UGCCAUCCAUGGCACCAGUGGUAUUAAAUCUCAAUCUUGUGCUCGCAGCUCAAUCAGCCAUGGCUCUCAGCUUGGGAAACGUUCUCGUGAUUUGCUUGUUGUGUCACUGUAAUUCUCUGCCUCUGUCUCGGCCAAGCAAUGGGUUGCAAGAGUGCUGGAAGACCACGAAGACGCCAGCGCUGGGAGUGUUGCCGGGGGGAGGAUGGGACAACCUUCAGAACCUGGACAUGGGCCGAGUCAUGAACAUCACUUAUGGACAUUGUCAGACUACAGAGGACGGGUUCUAUCUCAUCCCUGAUGAGGUGUUCGUGAUCCCCAAGAAGUUGAGCAUCGUGGGGAUGAACUCGGAGAUCAUCUCUUCGUGGGAAAAAGAUCAGACCUCCACUGCUCGCUCCAUCAAUGCAGACGUAUCUUACCUAGCCAUUCUAAAUGCAAAGUUCUCUAUCGACCACCAGCGAAUGAAAACCCACCAAGUGGAGGGAAGCUCUGUUACCAGUCGAACAGAAGUGCGCUAUCACCUCUACACAGUUAAGGCAUACCCUGACUUCACACUGGACUUUCGCUUUGCCCGUGAGGCAGAAGAAAUUGCAGAUGCCUUUGAGAACAAUCAAACCCGCCAAGCCACUUACCUCUCAGAGAAGCUGGUGAGGAACUACGGCACUCAUGUCAUAACAACUGUUAAAGCUGGCGCUUUGCUGGUAAAAGAAGACUACCUCAGACACUCUUACGUUGAGAAGGCUGAGCAUCAGUCGUCUGUGUCUGCGUUAGCCGCUGAAAGCUUUUUUGGGCUAUUUGGAUUGAAGGGCUCUGCCUCAUACGAACAAGACACUGCAGAGGGACGCUGGUAUAAGGAAAACACCACAUAUUCCUUCACCCAGAGUUACGGUGGAGCCUUGUUCUAUCCAGGACUCACACUGAAGGAAUGGCAGGAGGGCACCCGUAAUAAUCUGGUGGCUAUUGACCGUGACGGGGUGCCAUUGCAGUUUGUCCUGACCACAGCAUCAUUUCCCCACCUCCCAGAACCAAUCGUCCACAGAAUGGCAACAGAAGUGCGUCGGGCUGUCGAGCGGUAUUACAAGAUCAACAGGAAUCCAGGAUGUAUCAAACCAGACUCAAAGAACUUUAAUUUCCAGGCCAACGAGGACGAUGGUUCUUGUGACGGUCCGGAAACCCAGCACAGUUUUGGAGGCGUUUACCAGCAGUGCACUCAACUCACACCAGAUGCAGAUCCGAUAUGUAAGAGCCAGGCACAGUUAAAUCCAGACACUGGAGAUUACUCAUGUCGCGCGCCAUUCAAGGCCGUUUUGCUGCAGUCAGAGGUUGUAGAGCAGGGCUACAGUGAAUAUGAAUGCCGUUAUGAAAAGAAAGGUUGGUGGAGUAUAUCUAAAAAAGUUUGUGAAAAUGUUUAUCAUGUCAGAAAAGCUCACAUUGAGACUUUCUGGUGUUAUGGCGUUAAUGUGACUGAAGAGUUUUCAGGUUACCUCUUUGGGGGGCUGUAUAGCCUUUUAAAACAGAAUCCCAUAACCAAAUCCAUGAGCUGUCCACCAACUUAUUUAGCCCUGAAACUGUUGUCCAGUGGGCUGAUGGUGUGUCUUAGUAAUGUGUAUGAAGGAGGUGCCCGGUACUCUGUGCCUUUUGGAGGAUUUUUCAGCUGCAAAUCUGGCAACCCUUUGAGUGGAGGUCAUCGCUGCCCCCCACAGUUCAGCCAGCAACAUGCAGCCAUCAGUGAUGGAUGCCAAGUUCUCUACUGCGUGCAGUCUGAUGUCUUCAAAGCAGACAGUUUGCUACGCAUCCACUUGCCCCCUUUCACAAGGCCUCCUCUGGUGGAAAUGUUGGCAACGGACACGUUAGCUGUGAUGACAGAGGGAGACAAAGUCUGGAUCAGAGAAGGAGAGACGAAGAAGUGGAGAGCGGCCACGCAUGAGGAUAUCAGAACGCUCUCUGAGGACCCGGACCCAUCCACCACAUCAGGGUGGCAGAUAUUUGGGAUCAUUAUGGCUUGCGCCGUGUCUAUCUUCAUAGUUAAAGAAAUCGUGCUUCUGGUGAGGAGUAGUAACCGACAAAGGGUUGGUACUGCAGGGAGUGUGCCACGGGCACAAUUCAGGAACACUAGUCAGACUAGUAAUUGUGAGGAAACUUAUGAUGAACAGUGUGGUUCAGUGAGAAUGAGCUUGCCUUGAUAGCAUACACAACUUUGAGUCACUUGUGUUGAAUCUGAUUGGAUUCUUCCUUUGGCAGAAUGAUCAAUUCUAAGCUGCAUUUUUUAGCAAACCUAUAUACAGUAUAUGAAGAUCUUUUUUCCAAAACGCUAUAUCCACCAUAUUAAUGCAUUUUCAUAAAUCAUUUUUCCCCCAAGUAAUUUCAGUGGAUCUGUAAUUGGGUUAUUGUAUAUUUAUUCAAUCAAAACAACACAACUUUAUUGAUUUUACCCAAUUAAAAUACACAAUUAAAUCACAUGACUUUUUAAUUUUGCUUGGUGGAGGUCUGCGCUCUCGAAGUGAUUUUCUAGUUUCAUAUAUAUAUAUAUAUAUAUAUAUAUAUAUAUAUAUAUAUAUGUAUGUAUGUAUGUUUGAGCUGCAUUUUGUGUAUG